ACCACCCCUCCACCCAUCUCUCUCUCUCUGCCCAUAAACCCAUCACUCCAUUACUCCAUUGCAGAGUACAGACAUCCUCCUCUCAGACACACCUCGUCAUUCUAGUUCAGAGAAAACCACUUCUUACUACCUCUGUAAGAAUAGAAACAGACCACAAUAUACAUAUUUUUUCCCAUUAUACUUAGGAAAGGAGAAACAUGGAUGUGUUGUUUCUUUCACUCUGUCUCCUUCUCGCCAUUUUCUCCACCGUCAGCUCCUGCCCGGCUUCCGACUUGCAGGCCUUAUUAGCCUUCAAAUCCUCAUUAAACGAGCCUUACUUGGGCAUCUUCAAUACAUGGACAGGCACCGACUGCUCCAAGUGGUAUGGCAUCAGCUGUGACCCAACCACCGGCCGAGUCGCUGACAUUAACCUGCGCGGUGAAUCCGAAGACCCCAUCUUCGAGAAGACUGGCCGAUCCGGUUACAUGACCGGUUUCAUCAACCCUUCAAUAUGCAAGCUCGAUAGUCUCACUACUUUAACCAUAGCAGACUGGAAAGGUAUUUCCGGGCAGAUCCCGGAAUGUGUAGUUUCUUUGAAGUCUCUUCGAAUUCUUGAUCUUGUCGGGAAUAAAAUUUCCGGUGGGAUCCCGACGGAGAUUGGAAACCUGCAGAGACUCACCGUGUUAAAUCUUGCCGACAAUGAGAUAUCUGGAGCGAUUCCAGCUUCCUUAACCAAGAUGGGGAGUCUCAAGCAUUUGGAUUUAAGCAACAACCAAGUGUCCGGUGAGCUGCCAGCUGAUUUCGGUAGCUUGAAAAUGCUGAGUCGGGCCUUACUGAGCAGAAACCAACUCACUGGGUCAAUUCCCAACUCCAUAGCCAAGAUGAAUCGCCUUGCAGACUUGGAUUUGUCCAGGAACCGGAUAUCCGGCUGGCUACCUUCCUGGUUAGGCAACAUGCUGGUUCUCUCUACCCUUAACUUGGAUAGCAACAUGAUAUCAGGCGAAAUACCAUCAUCUUUAUUGAGCUGUACCGGUUUGGGAAUUUUGAAUCUGAGCCGAAACUCUAUAGAGGGGAAAAUACCCAAUGUUUUCGGGGCGAAAUCUUAUUUCAUGGCCCUUGAUCUAUCAUACAACAAUUUGAAGGGCCCGAUACCCGGUUCAUUAUCGUCCGCAAAGUAUAUCGGGCAUUUGGAUUUGAGCCACAACCAUCUAUGUGGGCCCAUUCCAGUGGGUUCACCGUUCGAUCGGCUUGAAGGGUCUUCGUUUUCCAACAAUGAUUGUCUUUGUGGAAACCCAUUGAGGACAUGCUAAUGAGCAUCGAUCGGCCGAUGGGCCUUAAAAGUGGUGGGGUUUCGUUUCGGCCGAAAUGUGGGGUUGAUUAUUGUGUCUGAAGUGUUAUUAUUAAGGUGAAAGUGAGUGAUGUUGUGGGGUUUGUAGAUUUGAUUAAUGUUAAUGUGAUGUAAUAUUUAAGAGUUAAUUACAAGUUGAAAUGGACAAAGAUAAGGCAGUUGCAUGCA